CACCGCAGCACACUGUACUCGCGAGCGUUGCUGCCCGUUGCCGCGGCCAGUUAGUGGUGACAUGGUGCUCGCCCCGAGAUGACCGACUGUGUGCGUUGACUGCGAUCCAAGAGCUCGAAGACACGGCAAAUCGGUACAAAUGCGACGACGGUAGUAUAGAUUUUUCCGGCUGAGAAAUCAACACAAAAAUCUAUUUUACGCACCCAGACCAUACAACAUGUCUGUGAACCGCCGUAGUGUUACCGAGUGCUAAGGUUCCUCAGCUUUGAAGUAUUUUCACACCGUGCUCGUAUUUCUGUCAUACGCGGUGUAUAGACUUCAACGAUCGUACGGCUCAUUCGACUGACGCACACGUGGCCUCAAGAAUUGCACCCUGGCCUCCUAAGACAGUACAAAAAUCCGGCGCUGUAGUAUCUCCGCGUGUAUAGCAGGCCGCAGAGGAGUGCACUCAUCCGCUGCAGCUGCAAGUCGCUGGGCCUGCACAAGCCGUAACUGCAACACACGCCGGGCGAUAUUAUUGGCCGAGAUGACGUCGAUGGACCCGAUUGACGUGUACAUGACGGGAGACGUGGACUACUUGACGGACCUGACCACGAUGGCGCACCAGGAAGUCGCGGCGGAAUCCGCGAACGUCACUGUCGCAUCCCCGGGCCGUCUGCUGUCCGUCGACUACCAGUUCGCGUCCAGCAAGUUGUUGUCCACGCCACCGACCACCGCGGCAGCGGCCAUCGAUUACGCGGUCAGGAACGUCUCCGUGGUUCUGUGCCAUCCGUCCACCGGCAUACCGUCCGUCGACGAAUACUUUACCGCUAUAAACUUGACGGGAGUGACGAUAUUCACGGUAGGAGCGGUGAUCGUGUUCUCGAUCCUUUACCUGUACGUGGACACUCUGAGGUGCAUCAUCAAAAACGCGCCGCCAAUGGUGAAAACCCAUUCGGCGUUCAUACUCAGCGUAUACCCGGUCGUUGCCGUGGCCACGUAUUGCGCCAUCCUCGUGCCCAGAGCUCAUCUGCUCGCCGAAGCCAUGACUCAGGGCAUGUUCAUGGCUUCGAUGUACCAGCUGUUCUGCCUGUUCAUGGCCUACUGCGGCGGCGAAGCAAAUCUCAUCGCUUCGGUGAAACCGCAGUCAUUGGACAUGCAAGUUCCACCCUGUUGCUGCUGGCCGUGUUGCUUUUUCCUGCCAAAAUUCACGCUUACCAAGAAACAUUUGAGACACUUGAGAAUGUUGGUGCUACAGCUGCCCGUUGUUCAAGGUUUCGUAUACAUGGUGUUACUCGUCAUGUGGGCCGAAGAAGAGAGCUUGUACCAGGUCAACUACAUGUACAUGCAACCGUUUAUCGUGAUAUCGAUCAUAUGUGGUAUGUGGGGGAUUUCGAUGACCAUGCGAGUACUGGGCGAUAUCCUCAAAAAUCACAACAUGCAAGGAAAAUUCGUAGUGCUCCAGCUUGUGUUGGUGUUGGCCAAAUUCCAGGGACUUGCGUUCAGGGCGAUGGUGUGGGCGGAAUGGUUGCCUUGCAAGCCUCCCAUUUCUCCGACCGUCUAUGCAAACCUGAUAUACAACUCUACCAUGUUAUGGGAGAUGCUGGUAUUGGCUGCUUUAGCUCGGAAGCUCUACAAGAAACCGUUACCUGAACAGUGUUUCGUUGACCCUCCAAAAAUCACAUGUUGCGUAGACAUGCCCAGUAACCAGGAGAAUAAUAACAUCAUAAUCGGCAGAUACAAUCAGUGUUUCGACAUGAACGCUUGAUAUGUAUGAACGAUUGUCGUAAGUGGCGACAGUGAUGACAGUGGCGACGUUGAUGUAGACGGCGACAACGACACGACGUACUGUGCUGUGUGGAUCCGAUUCUGCUUGGCUCCCGACGAGAACGCAAACACAAAAUUAUACUCUGUAACCAAAGACGCUUUUUUUAAUAUAUUUUUUAAUUAUAACGUGUACACUUGCCGUUUAAAGUGUAUACUCUGAAAUAUACGACAUUUUUUUAAGUCUGAGACCAAGUUCCCCUUAAUAUUUUAUCCUAAUUUAUUCACUAUUGUAUUAAAUCGAUAAAGCACAAAUUUCCACUGGCCGUAGUUUAUAUUAAAAUUUAUAUUGUUAACUCUUUUGAUGUAAUUUAUCUAUUAAGUAAAUUUACCAUUCGUCAGUUGUGGCAGUUGUGGUGAUAAUAUAAAAUUAUCUAAAAAUAUACAACAUGAUAGACUUGGAAGUUAAAA